GUUAUGUUGCGAAAAUGUAGUGUACAAAAAAACAACAAAUUAAUUAAUAACAAGCCAAGAAUAAUUACGACGUGGUUUAAAAACUAUGAAAAUGUGUAGUAGUGAUAUUAAUGAUAACAACAAUGCACUGAUCAUUAACCUGUUGCAUUUAUUAUUAUUACUGCAUAAUAAACCAUAUCGGUGUUUGCAAUGGCUGAUGAAUACUCGUCAUGGGUGGGCUUGAUUUAUGUUUUCAAUUUAAUAGUAGGUACUGGAGCCCUUACAUUGCCAGCAGUAUUUGCUGGAGCAGGGUGGCUUUUGAGUACCAUAUUAGUCACUUUAUUAGCACUCGUGAGUUUCAUAACAGUGACUUUUGUUAUUGAAACAAUGGCCUGUGCAAAUGCUACAGUUCAUUGGAGGCGUGUUCAGUCUCAUAAAGUUGAUGAAAGUGAGGCACCAGCUGACUCUGAUACAGAUGCAGAAAAUACAACUGAAGAAACGGCUAUAAUGAGUAUAAACAGAAGAAGAAAACGUUACUACAACCUCAACGCAAAGGUAGAAUUAGGAGAGAUGGCCAAAUUAUAUUUUAAUAAAAUUGGUCAACUACUAUUUUAUCUCUCACUGUGUAUAUAUUUAUAUGGUGAUUUAGCGAUAUAUGCAACAGCUGUCUCGAAAACUGUAGUGGAUCUUACGUGUAACACGUAUAAUAAUAACACAGAAGAUUACAGUACUAAAUGUUCAGAUUCAUUAAAUGUAUUAAAAAUUGAUAUGUAUCGUAUAUUUGUAGCAAUAUUUGCAUUGUCGGUGGGUCCAUUUACAUAUUUUAAAGUGCAGAAAACUAAAUAUUUGCAAGUGUUCACUACAGCACUGAGGUGGUCAGCGUUUAUUAUAAUGAUAACUUUGGCAUGUAUAAGAUUGUCAAAAAAUGGCCAGGAAGGCCAUCCACAAUUAUUCUACUUACCUGGUGUUCCAAGUUUAAUAGGUUCAAGUAUUUACAGUUUUAUGUGCCACCAUUCAGUUCCAGGUUUAAUAGCACCUUUUGCCAAUAAGCAACAUGUGAUUCGCCAAAUAGGCUUAGAUUAUUUGUCAAUAUGUUCUUUUUAUUUGUUAUUGGCUAUGACAGGUUCAUUUGCCUUUGACUCUUUGGAAGAUUUAUACACGCUCAAUUUUAUUCCAACUGGAUCAGACAAGUCAGGUAUAUUUAUGGAAAUAAUUAAAUAUUUUUUGGGAGCGUUUCCAUUAUUUACGUUAUCAACAAGUUUUCCGAUUAUAGCAAUUACAUUGCAAAAUAAUUUAAAAUCGCUAUUCCUGGACGUUAAUAUGAUGGAAAGAUACAACUUUAUUGUUCGCAGGUUAAUUUUUCCUACAUUGGCUGUAGUACCCCCAAUUGUGGUAGCAUUUCUUACACAUAAUUUAAGAAAUUUGGUGGCUUUUACAGGAUCAUAUGCCGGUGUACUAAUUCAGUAUCUUAUACCUGCUUGUUUGGUAUAUUUUGCUAGACAACAUUGUGCACGAAACAUUGGAAGCUAUGACAAUAAAUAUGCUAGUCCAUUUAAACAUGUCUUCUGGUUGGUGUUCGUCAUAGGAUGGUCAAUCUUGUGUGUUAUAUUUGUCACCGUCAAUUUUAUUAUGCUAGAGAUACGUUCAAAGUGAAAUGUUAGUGUGCCAAGGAAUAUAGUGGUUUUGCAACUUUGACUUCUUUACCACCCUCGUCAGCGAAUAAUGCAGUCUAUUAGAUAAAAAUUUAUAACACAGGACUGACUCAUUUAUAACAGUAUUAGUUUUGGAUGUAUUUUAACAUUGUUCACAAACUAGGGGCUUGGAAAAGUCAGAAUCGCAAAAAUACUAUAUUCCUUUCCACACUAUCCAUGUAGUGUAGACUUAUUUUAAUGUACAUGACGUGAUUGAGCCCAUUUUGGAAGUGUAUUUUUAUAAAGCUUUGAUAAAUAAAGUUGUCAAGUACA